UUGCUGCAUUAAAACACACAUAUACAAUAUUGAUAAGAUAAACAAUACCUCAAAAAUUUCAACGUUUCUUGAGUUGGGCAAUGCAAUUAGAUGUUCAAUUUAACUUAAAUUUAAAAUUUUAAUAUAAAAAUGUUGUUUUCUCACUUAAAAUUUCGGUGCCAUAAAUAAACAAUAGAAUUAAAAUACGAUCUAAAAGGACACAGCUAUUAAUCGGUAUUUAUGAACAUGAACAAAAGGGGAAAAAAAUCAUUGUUUGCACUAGUUUAUACAUAAAUACUUGCAGCGACCGCUUUUAUAUCACACUUUAUUCAGUGAAAAUGCUCGGUACACUCAUAUAUCUCGUACUUUUCGCUUUAUCAACAACUUAUUCAUCGGACACCCAGUCAAAUCAGCUAGAGUUUCGAAUUGUUGGCGGCACCCCAGUCAUUUAUCGCCAUGAGUUCCCCUAUCAAGCAUCAAUCCAUAGAAGUAAGCAACAUUCCUGUGGCGGAACAAUCAUUUCAUCAAAAAACAUACUGACGGCAGCGCAUUGUGUAAGUGGUCGUGAUAAAAAUAGCUUCACUAUAUUUGUUGGCUUAAAAUAUCUGAAUGAAUCAAAAAAAAUGACAGGUUUUAAAGUUGUUGAUUAUAUGGUUCAUCCUCGUUUUGAGAAAAAAACGUUAAGAUAUGACAUCGCCCUAAUUACGUUGGACAAAGCAUUAGUUUUUAAUAAAACUGUAAGAUAUAUCGGUCUACGAUCAAAACCCAUUGUUCCCGGCGAGAAGUUAAUCGCCAGUGGUUGGGGACGCACGUCCCGAGACAGUAAAACGUCUAAUAUUCUGCGAUGGGUUGAAGUAACUGCGAUGAAUAGUAGCGAUUGUAAACAUAAAAUGCGAAGAAGUAGCUUUUACGUGAGUCGUCAUAAAAAUAUCUGUACCACACCGAUGAUUGGUGCCGGCACUUGUAAUGGGGACUCUGGUGGACCAUUAAUUGAUGCAAAUGAUGAAUUAGUUGGGGUCGUGUCAUGGGGUAAGCCGUGUGCGGUUGGAUGGCCUGAUAUUUAUACAUCAGUGCCAUAUCAUUACAAUUGGAUAAUGGAGCAAUUAUAAAAGAGAUUUAAUUAUUAUUGUAAUGAUUUAUUGUGGAGGUGGUGGUACAGGCAUGACUCCCAUUAAAGGUGGUGGUGGCGGCAUCGGAUUAAACAUCGGUGGGCGCGGUGGCGGUGGAACUGGUAACAUUGGUGGGCCCGGAAUACCGAUCAUGUUUGGUCUGGCCAUAAUUGGUCCUGGCUUCCGGGAUUCGUUUUUGAAUGCGAAUUGUAGAAAGAAUUGUUUGGUGUCCUUGUUCCAAUGAGUCCAGAAUUUGGUGUCGGUUUUUUCGACUUCGCGACUUGGCACUUUGAACGCGAUGGUUUCGUACGGUUCAGCGGCGAAGAGAAGGUACUGCCAUUUUCUGUCUGGUGGUUCUUGCUUCUGUUCAUAAGCGGACAUGAAUCGAUGUCGCGGGUAUACAUUGUCUUGAAUUUCUGUCAAAAAAAAUGAAUGUAAUAAGUUAAUGUUUUUUAUUGAUAAAAAUUAAUUUUUAAUACCUGGAUAAUCGAUCUGGAAGAGUAAA